AUGGCUAUGUCCACAUCGGUGUUCUUCCCCGAUGAUCUCAUCAGCUUCGUUUUCUCCGUUCUUCCCGUGAAGUCCGUUCUAAGGUUCAGGUGUUUGUGUAAGUCUUGUGACUCUCUUAUUUCCGAUUCUAUCUUUGUGAAAUUUCAUCUCAAAAGAUCUUUCAUAAGAAAUUCGAUCUUAACAAUAAACACACAACACAUCAAACAUAAUUUGUACGAUUUCAUUAAGGAGACAGAGAGUGUGGCAGAUUAUUGUGUCAUUCCAUGCCCCAUACGUCGUUUAAUUGAGAAUCCAUCAUUCAACCUCUUCAUUGAUCCUUGCUAUCAAUGGAAUGACAAAGGAUGGUCUCAUAUAAUUGGUUUCUGCAAUGGAUUGAUAUGUUUAGUUGGUGAUUCUUUCAAUUUCACCCAUUGGUAUCCAGAGUAUUGGCUUCGUUUAUGGAACCCAGCUACAAGAAUAACAUCUCCAAAAUUUGGAAAUUUUCGCAUUUCUAACCGUGAAACCUCUGGUUUCUCAUUUGGUUGUGAUAAUUCAACCAACACUUACAAAGUAGUGGCAUUUAAUUACUGUCCUGAGCAACUAACAAGUAAGGUGAGAAUUCUAAAAGUAGGUGAUAAUGUUUGGAGAAAUAUUGAAAGUUUUCCCGUAAUUCCUCUUCGUCUGGGUUAUGAGGAAAACGAUGUUUGUUUCAACGACACCCUUAAUUGGUUGGCUAUUCAUAAUGUUCAUUUGUAUAAUUUUAAGGAUAUUACAGUUGAACAAUUUGUUAUUGUCUCACUUGAUUCGAGGACUGAAGCAUACAAUCAAUACCAGUUGCCUAAUGGUUUUGAUGAAGUUCCUCCUAAACAUCCAACUAUUGGUGUGUUAGGAGGGUGUUUUUGUUUUUCUUAUUCUUAUAGAGAAACUGAUUUUGUUAUAUGGAAAAUGAAGAAGUUUGGAGUUGAAGAUUCUUGGACUCAAUUUCUUAAAAUUAGUUAUCAAAAUCUUGAAAUAGAUUAUGGCAUUAAUGACGACACAAUAAAGUAUUAUUUUCAAUUGGUACCGUUGCUUCUAUGUGAGGAUGGUGAUACAUUAAUACUUAAGAGCAGUCAAGAUCUCCAAUUAAUUCUCUAUAAUUUGAGAGAUAAUAGUGUAGUGCGAACAAAUAUUAUUGUCAGUAGAACUCCUACCGAUAAUAGAACUAGCGAUUACCUUGCUUGGAACUUUUUCAAGGAUUCUAUUGAAAGCUUAGUUCCUCCUAUCUUUUAA